AUGACAAAUUAUCAAUGUAUAGAGUGUGGCAAUAAAGUAAAGAUGCUUUAUCGUGAGUACAAGGCUGGAGUCAUCAGAAUAUCACAUUGUGAUGCAUGUAAAGCAGUGGCAGACAAGUACAUAGAGUAUGAUCCAGUCAUCAUUUUCCUGGAUGCACUUCUGCUACGACGCCAGGCCUACAGACAUCUGCUUAUCAACACUCAGUUUGAUUCCCAUUGGAAACUAGCAGUGCUACUGUGGGUUUGUGAUGCAUUUAUCAAGUUGGUGGUACAACGAGCUGAACUGGCAAGCAAGCAUGGGGACAAUGAACCUUUCAACUACACCUAUAUUGGACUGGAACUGUAUCUGAAUUUCAUCAUUGCUGCUGCCGAACUCCUGGUGCUGCUGGCCGUAGUACUGACAGUCUAUGCUCUGAGAAACUACUGCAGACACAGGAAUCUGAAAACCUUCAUGACACAACCAUUGACAAAAGCUGUGAUUGUAGCCAGCCUAUGGCACAUGCUGGCUAUCCCUGCCCUAUUGUGGGGACAAGUGUACAGCAGUAUUUACCUGUGGCUGAGCCAGGCAUUUGUGUACAUAUCAACAUUUCAGGCUUUGAAAG